CAUUCCAGGGACACCAGCUCUCUCUGGGCAGGCUUUGAGUUGAGAGAGCUGAGGGGCAGCCUUAGCUCUUGGUGCAGACGGAGACGGGAAAGUUCCUGUCCCAGGCUGCUCCAAGGUUCCUGUGCCCUGUGAGCUCCCGGUGGGUCUUUCUUUGGAAAAUUAACGGAGCAGAAAUGGCCUCUCACCUGUGUGCUUAGGAGUGACAGUGCUCCUGGGAGACCAGGUCUCUCCAGACUGAUUUUGGAUUUGGACGCCUGUGGGACAGUCUUAGCUUGGGCAGAGAUGAGACUGGUUCACUUUGAAGUCCUUUAUAUUACACCUUCUGUAGUACAUAAUAUGUAAUAGAUUAACUCUUAUUAUUUUCUGAGAUUUGAAGAUCAAUGUCCAUAUUUAACCAUGGGGAUUGUGUAAGCAAAAUUCCUUUAAAAAUAAAUCUUUAACAAAUCCUACUGCAGAAAUAAAAACAUAAGUAAUAUGCUUGGUGACUUUAAAACAAGAAGCUCCAUGCCGAAUCCUUAGCUCCCUAGAAGGUAAUGGUUCUCUGACUGCAAUGGAGAAGUAAUGAGGGGCAAACAGCACAGGAUCAACCCUGUUAUGGUGUCUUUGUGAAAUAUAUGUUCUUUUUAAAUACUUUGUACUAAUUUACAUGAAAGUAUUAUUUGUGUCUCAUUGGAGAUAUUUAUUCAGCUUCAAUGGCCUUUCAGGAACUCCUGAAUCAAGUAGGAAGCCUAGGGCGAUUCCAGAUCCUUCAGAUGGCUUUUGUUUUUUUAAUCAAUGUUAGUGUGGUACCUCAUAGUACAAUUGAGAACUUUACUGCAGCCAUUCCCAGUCAUCGCUGCUGGGUCCCGAUCCUCGACAAUGUCACUGUCUCUGAUAAUCACAGCAGAAUCCUGAACCAAGAUAAACUCCUGAAGAUCUCCAUCCCCUUGGACUCCCACCUGAGACUAGAUAAGUGUCGUCGUUUUGCCCAACCACAGUGGCAUCUUCUUGAUUUGAAUGAUACUUUCUCCAGUGUCACAGAAGCAGACACUGAGCCCUGUGUGGAUGGCUGGGUAUAUGACAGGAGUAACUUUCAUUCUACCACUGUGACUGAGUGGGACCUGGUGUGUGAAUCUCAGGUACUGAAUUCUGUCACUAAAUUUUCAUUUAUGAUUGGUGCAUUUAUAGGAGGUAUUGUAAAUGGACCUCUAUCAGACAGGUUUGGGAGGAAGUUCGUUUUAAAAUGUGCUUUAUUACAAAUGGCCAUCACUGAAACCUGUGUAGGUUUUGCUUCCAACUUCUUCAUUUAUUGCUCAUUAAGAUUCCUGGCAGGAAUGACUUUUGAACCCAUUCUAGUAAAUAGUAACUUGCUCAUGUUUGAAUGGACAAGCCAUAAAUUUCUAGCCAUGAUGUCAGUGAUUGCACCUUGUGCUGGUAGCUUUGGAAGCAUGAUAUUGGCAGGCCUGGCUUUUCAAUUUCAAAACUGGCACCACCUCCAGCUGGCAAUGUCUGUACCAAUUUUCUUCUUCCUUAUACUCACAAGGUGGCUGUCAGAGUCAGCUCGGUGGCUCAUUGUGACCAACAAACCCCAGAAGGGCUUAAAGGAACUUAGAAAAGUUGCACACAUGAAUGGAAUGAAGAAUUCUGGAGACAACCUAACCAUGGAGGUUGUAAGAACAAGUAUGAAGAGGGAACUUGAGGCAGCGAAGGCGAGACCUUCUCCAAGAGACUUGUUCCACACACCCAUCCUACGUAAGCGGAUAUGUGCCAUGUCCUUUAUGAGAAUUUUAUUUAUGCUAUCAAUUUUUGGCAUGUCACUUCACCUCCAACACCUGAGUUCUAAUAUUAUGUUGUUGCAGUUUGUUGUUAGUGCAUCAUCCUUACUAUUCAGUGUUAUUGGACCUUAUGUAUUUAAUCGGAUGGGCCGUAGAAUAACCCAAAUGGUUGUCAUGACUCUGAGGGGAAUCUGUAUUCUGACUGCUGUAUUUGUACCUCAAGAAAUGCAGAUCCUGCGUAUUACUGUGGUUACAUUGGCAGGAGCAUUUUCUGCUCUAAGUUUUGGUGUUAAUCGUCUACAUACAAAUGAACUACUUCCCACCACGUUAAGCGUCAUAUUCUCCCAACUUGCCCUGGAUCUUCUAUGGUGGAUUCUCCAUCCUCAAUGGGUUUACUGUGUUUCUCCUUCCUGA